AUGACCUCGCGGACCACAAUCGGCGCCCAUCCGCGGCCGCCUCAGCGUUCCGUGAGCUCAUCGUCGUUACCCGUCCAGCGCCCCCCGCCGCAGCGAUCAUUAUCACAUCAGCAGCAGUUUAUGGCGGCCGCCUCACCAGUUCGAAAAGAUGCUUCUUUCAUCGAUUUAACCGCCGACGCCGGCGAUGCUACCCCUAAUCGUUAUCACACAACACCUAGAAGAGGCGGCUCACGUCUUCGGCUUGAGUUGUCACACAACGCUUCGUCUGGUUCCUUACCUACAUCCGAAUCGCCGCAGUCUCUUACACCCUCGCGAAUACCCAAUUCCGAUCCCUUUCAAGCUAUGGUCGGCAGCCCUGCCGACAGCGCCAGCUCAACUUUGAUGCCGAUGCCGACACGUCGACCAGUAACUUCACAGCCGAGAUUUGCUCCUCGAAUUACAGCGACAGGGCCUGCGCCAACCAAGAAAGAUGCCCGGCCAAAACCAUACACCGUCGAGAUUCCCUCCGUCGCGCCACGAUACUUCUCAGCCAAUCGACCCGAAACCGCAGUACGAAAUCCCGUCGACCCUUUCAGCAAAGGUCUCAACUCUGGAUACGCCGAUUUCUUCCCCUGGAAUGGAGCCCAUUAUGAAGACGAGUGGAGCAGCGAAGCGAUCACCAAAGGAACAUGGGAUAAGGUGAACUUGAAUGUUCCCGAAACUUCGUCUGCUAAGCUUGCCAUCUUCCCAGCUCUGAAGCAAAAGACUGGCCUGAAUGCAUUGUCUACUAUUUUUAUGGGGGUUCUGACUCAGCGCAGACAUAGAGGACAGAUCAAUGCGCCCUCGACUUUCAAACCACCGCCUCGAGUCACACUUACGGAUACGAAGAGAGAGGUUUGGCUCAAGGACCUUGCGAAUCCCGCGAUAUCUCUAAGACGCCUCAGCCGAACAAUUCCCCACGGAAUUCGCGGAAGAACGCUACUCGAUCAAUGCCUGAACAAGAAUGUUCCCGCCGAACGAGCUGUUUGGUUAGCAAAGUGUGUCGGUGCCAAUGAGAUCAGGGGGUUGAAGAGGAAGGGUGUCAAUGGUGCCUUUGUUAUGGGUGGUGAACUGAAAUGGGCUCGCGACUGGACCGUUUUUGUUGAGCAAUUUGUCGAUGCCGUUGUUGCUGGGUUUGGUGAGAACGACUGGAAGAAUCGAGUCACAUAUGCCAUCCGCUUAGCAACGAACCUUUACUCAGAGCAGUUGCUAGAUCGAGAUCAUUACCUUGACUGGGUUGUGUCUGGAAUUGAGAAUAGCCUUCAGUCGCGUAUUCCCAUGUGGCUUCUCAUCGCUCAGAUUUACUGGAAAGACCUUCUCAGGUCACGCAAGUAUGGUCGCAGGCUUGUUUUUGCUCUGCUCAGCCACUUGCAUGUGAUAUCCAACGACCCUGAUAAGGAUCUUCUUGUGCAACUCUCCAGUAAACUGUCAGCUUUGCUCGGCUCACUAAUUCGUUCCAACCCAGAGAGCUUCAUCAACCCCGGAGCCUGGUCAACGUACAAGGAUACUUUACAUGUUUGUCUGCGUUCUGAUGAUGAGCAGGCUCGAAAGUCACUGCAUGCCAUUAAUUCACGAAACUCAGGCCUGGUAGUGUCUAGUACCGCUUCUCCUCCUGCCGGGCGGAGUCAGCUAGUCAAGUUGCUUGAUGCUGCCUUGAAAGAGUCUAGCGGUAACCAUUUAGCCGCAGCAUGCUGGGCAACGAGUGAGAACAAGGCUUUGAUAAUGAGGACAGUAGUUGAGUGGGCAACUUCGUUCCAUCGUCCAGGUUUGGCCAAGGUCUAUGCCGCAGCCCGCUUAAUUCGGCAAUGGAGCCAAUUUCGUGUGAACCCUACCACUCCCAUUCUCGAGACACUCGACAACAUCGCCCCCAAUGACAAGGCACGGAAGAACCUCGUAUAUCACCUCGUUACGGAGCUCGUUCGAACCGGUCACUUCUCCGUCUCUCAAUAUAUGCAGUGGACUAUCGCUCGUGGUGGUUAUCAUUGUGCCGCGGAAAUCGACCCGGUAUCAGGUCUGUGUUCUAGCAGGUUACUGGUCGAACUUCCGCUUCAUGCUCUAUCUGAGAAGAAAAGGGCUGAAAGAGGCAACUUAUUAAGACGAGCUGGCAACUAUUCGGUCGCUGAGGAGGAACAAGAUAUCACCAAUGCCAUCAGGGUCGUGAAACAUGUCGUGGGGCUCCCCUUACUGUCAAAUGAUCCGUUGUCAGGACGAAAGCCAAUGUCGCUCAAGAGGCUGUUGCAACGGAUCGGCGGUAGCAGUACUGCUUUCCUCAUGAAAGGUCACUCUUUAUCUCUGACUAUGUUCACCGCUGUUCGAGACAUUAUGGAAACGACCGAAGAUUACGCCAUGUUAUCCGACAUUCUUGGAGCUUGCGCGAAGACCGCCGAUUCUGACGUUCUGGCGUCCGUUGCCGACACUGUCCAUUCAAACUUGCAAAUAUUCUACGCCAUGGAUAGCGCAGAUGAACUGUUUAGCGGUCUGACCGAGCGCCUUAGAAUGAUGAACGAGGAGCAAAGACAAGUUCCGCGACCGCUACUUGCUGCUCUUGACAGCCUUGCCCAACGCAUGGCUGGUCAUGAGGUGAUUGCCAGCCAACUUCGCCAAGAACUCGUUCAAAAUGAUCGCAACAACGCUAUUGAUGCUUGCUCGCCGGUUUCCGACAUCGUGGCAACUCCCUCUCACCAAGCUGAAAACAAUGUGGCCGAAGAAGUAGAGAAAACACUUUCCAGUGGAACACGAUUGGACCCUCCAACAAUGAACAAGCUUUUCAGAAUGAUAAUCCCUGCUCUUGAGCGCGGGUGGGAGAAGGAGGACGAUACGCGCCGGGUGUUGGCAACUUUGCUCGCGAGAAUACGAGUUUUUGAUGCUCACCAUUUCGAUAAACUAAUGACCGACUGGACAAGUCAUAUUCGUUCGAUAUCGAACCGCUCCCCCCUUUCUACUUUGUUCCCACUUCUUAUCAUUACAGGGUGUCUGACAAUGCCUAUCAUAAUGAGCACCGCAAGCCCUCCGUUCGCGAAUAUCCAGAGUCCUACCCCAGAUUCGUCCAGAGGUCCUACGACAUACUUACAAGAACUCUUACAACUCGUCAUCAUGCCGCUUCCCCAGGGAACAGGGCUUGUGGCUGAGGAAAGCUACCGUUUUCAUACCGAGCAAAAGUGCGCCAAAUUUGAGCAGUCCAAAGGAUUGCUGAAUCUUGUUCGCAACGCUUUGCUCGAGUACUCGGCUGUCAGAAAUCAUGUCUGUGGCACCGAGUUUCCCCUUGGCAAUAUCGAGUGCCAGGAAAGUCUGCUUGAGACCUUACGAACUCUUGUUCUGGUGGAUUCCUCCGCCGUCUCAAAUGCUUUAGGCAUCAAAGCGCUUCCUGCUGAAGCUGUCGGUCUCGUCCGCAAGGUGACCACGAAACUUCUGAUUCCUGGAGACUCGGGCGAUACUCAAAUCUCGUUCGAUCAUAUCUUGCAGAUUGCCAACGAGUUGACGCUGCCGUUCUGCCAGCUGAAGCUUAACUUGGAUCUGUCAUUGCCACAGCCCAGCGUAAAUGAGGGACAAGAUCAGAGUUCCUCUCGCUUCGAGAUCUUUGCCAGGGCGAUGGAUCGAGCCAUUGAAGCAGGCAACAUCAUGUGGACCAGCUUAUUACCUUGUUUGAGUGACGACAUUACCCAGCAUCUCAAGACACAGGCUCAAACGGGAUUUCUCGACUUGAUCCCUUCAUCGAAGGCUCCUGAAUUUGUCGACACUGGGUCACGGCAGUCCCUUCGCAUGGCCGAGAACUUGCUAGAAGUAGUGGAGGCUAUUAUCUCCGGCCAGGCUCCCCCUAAGAUGGCACAGUUAUCGUUGGGCAUGGUCGAAAAGCUGACAGACCUGUGGGAAAUCGUUGCAGCAGGGCCUCAGGAGCGUCCCAACUGCCACGCCGUCGUUUUACAGCAUUGGCUGCCCGCUAUGCUUCGCUUUGUGAACCUUCAUAGCUUGUCGUCCGAGCCACCAUCAGCCCCUCUUCCCACGGCUUCGGCGACACGGCCUCCUAUCCCACCCGUGCAUGAUGUUCGAGCACGCAUUGUUCUUGUGCUUUGCGGCCUGCUGCUUGACUUAGAAACACAGCCGCCAGCUACUGUUGGCUCCCUUGUCCAGCAGGUCUUCGACAUCGCCAUCCUCCUGGUAGAUGCCCUGCCCGAGGAAUUGCGAGCCAACUGUGCCAGGGCCAUUCUGUUAACUCCAGGCGGGAUGCCCAGCCAGGGAACAUCAUCUGACCCUCGACUUUACUAUUUAUUCAGCUCACCACCACCGUCCCCGUCAGACAAUAUUAUGCUCUCCCACCGAGAAAAGGCGGCAACGCCCCAGAGUGCUGCCGCCCGUGGUAUGGGCGCGCAAUAUGGCAUCGGGCCAGUAGUCCAGGAGCGUCUGAGCCCCUUCAUUCUCCGUCGCUGGGAGGUGCUUAGUGAGCCGACUCCCAAUGUUGGCGAGAACGAUACAAGCUUAAGUCUAGGUCUUUUUGAAGCUAUCAAGCUUCAGUGA